CCCUGCCACGUCAUCCUUGGUUACGUCAUUCCCGCUAAAUCAGCGUUUGACAUUUUAAGAAAAUACGACCGAUUUCAAAACGCAAACUGCCUUCCAACAAAACGUGAAAUAUAAGACCACUGCAUUUGGUCAGAUUACCAAACAACAGCAGACUUCCUACUUCUUAUCAAGUCAAUAUUAUUAUUUUCUCGACGUAGGCUUUGAGUUUCUGUCUCUUCUUUUAGCGUUCUCUUUACUGUAGUGUGAAUGAGAUAAAUACUGGUGUCGAAUUUCGGUGUAGGUAUACUUAAUAUAAAAAGAUGAGCCGGUGUUGACGCUGACACAUACUUAGUACACAUACGAUUCGUUGUUUGACGCAUCGCAGAUAAAGUUGAGUCCGAGUAAUUUAAAGAUACGCGCGCUUACGAUGGGCGUAUUCUCCAGUAAAAGCCCGGACUAUGGGCCAAUCCUCAGUCACGAGUUUCUUUGCGAUGCACUUACCAGGUGGUAUGGAGAGCCGGCACAAUUCGCACAUUGUUUCCACCUCGACGACCUAUCAACAUCUUUCACCAGCCAAGUGAUCCAAUGGAAGGUCAACACACAAUUCGAAGAAAACAGACACACAUACGCAGAACUCAUGCUAAAACAUCAGCCUUGGAGUAAAACUAGAAGCCUUAGUUUCCGAAGCGCAGAUUUCUUCAAAAACGAGAUUAAUUUCUACGAAAAAGUUCUACCAGAACUUCUAAAGUUUCAAGAUUCUAAAGAUACUAAUGAAAAAUUCGACAACCAUGUCAAACUUUGUUUCGUACAUCAUGAUGGAAAGAAUGAUACGAUAUGUCUACAAGACAUUAGGACUGACGGAUUUAAAACCAAUGAAAUCAUAGAUUUAGAACAUGGGAAAUUAAUUUUAAAAGCAUUAGCUAGAUUUCACGCUAUCUCAUUUGCGUUAAAAACUGAAGAUCCUGAUAAAUAUAAGACAAUAACUAAAGAAAUCAAUGAAACAUACUACGAUGGAAGAUAUUGGAGUUGGUACAGGAAAUUAUGGAGUCAAAUUUGCUCUGUAGCCAUAAAUGCUGUUGAAAACGAAUAUCCAAAUAGCGUUUAUGUAAAGAAAAUAAGAGAAUUCGCUGUAGCCAAACGUUUUAGAGAUUUGACAAAAGCAGUUAAAGAAAAUAAAGUUAUUUUGCACGGAGAUUGCAGAUCUAAUAACUAUAUGUUUAAAUAUAUCAAUGAGAUACCAGUUGAUGUCAAAAUGGUGGAUUUUCAACAAGUUAGAUGUGCUAGUCCAGUACUAGAUGUCUCUAGCGUAAUUUAUAGUAAUGUGGCACUUUUAAAAGAUUACGAAGGACUUUUAAAAUAUUACCACGGAAAUUUGGCGAUGAGAAUAAAAGAACUUGAUGGUGACCCUGAUGUAUAUACAUUUGAUAUGUUUAUGGAAGAUGUGAGGAAUUACUCUUAUUUUGGUCUAGCAUUUAGUCUUGAAGCGGCGUGUACUAAACUGACGUAUACGGAGAUAACGAAGAAAGAAUGUGAUGAGGUGAGCGAAUUAGAAAAUAAGAAAUUACACACUGCUCUUACAUGGCUUAAUUGUAUAAGAUAUGAAAAGUGAAAAAACGCUUGUAUGGUUUGUUGCCAAAACAACAUCAACUCAUGGCGCAAAAUGAGACGUUCCUCGGCAAAAGGUACCUUAUGGC